UCCAGGGCCACGUGGCCCUGGCCUUUAGGUAAGCAAAUACUUAACCUGCGGCCGGCGUUGAACCGGAGCUGCUCGAAACGCUUCGUUUCAACUUCUUUUCGCGUCAUCGUGAAGCGGGCGCAUCGAGCGAAGGGGCUUUGCUGGUGACGGACUCUGAGCUCCAAAUCCAGCUUGGGUUUUAGCUCCGAUCUGCCUUACCAUGUUCGGCUGGCUCGCCAAACCUGUCACGCUCAUUUCCACCAUCGCACUAUCCUCACUUUCGCUGUUGUCAAAGAGGUACCAGCGAGUGAGGUAUGGCUACCAUUUGUUGAUAUACGUGUCAACCUUGGGAGCUCUGAGUAUAUGGGGGGUUGUCGUCAGUGUACUAGCGUCCGUCACAGGACAGAGGCUCAACAUCAAUUACUAUGUCGCUCGAUCAUUCUACAACGUCUGCAGCCCUUUGAUCAACAUUCGAUUCAUUGUCGAAGGUGAAGAGCACUUGACCGGUCUGCUGAGAGGAGGUACCGAUGGACAAGGUCAAAGCGCUGUCCUCGUCGGAAAUCACCAGAGUUUCCUUGACAUCCUCUACCUUGGUCGAAUCUUCCCGCGUCAUGCUUCCAUCAUGGCCAAGAAGGAGCUGAAAUGGGCACCCCUUUUAGGACAAUAUUUGGCUCUGUCAGGGGCAGUCUUUGUUGACAGGAAAAACCGAGAUGCUGCGAGAUUGGCAUUAGAACAAGCGGGCGACAACAUGAAGAAGCGUCAGAUAUCUCUGUGGGUCUUCCCGGAAGGCACACGGACUCUGUCGGCAGAACCGACCCUCAAGACGUUCAAGAAGGGCGCAUUUCAUCUGGCUAUCCAGGCCAAAGUGCCGGUCGUACCUGUCGUUUGCGAGAAUUAUCAUCGCUUAUUCGAUGGCAAAUCGCGGUUAGACGAGGGAGUGCUGCGGAUACGAGUCCUUCCUGCCAUUACCACCGAGGGCAUGGGACCGGACGACGUGUCCGCUCUGACCCAAUCCACCCGUGAAAAGAUGGUUGCCACUCUUCGCGAAAUUUCAGCACCCGGACCUCUGGGACGGGGACCAGCCCGUGACGUGCCACCGCUGGAAAAGCUUCCUUCGGAGCAGCAGUUGGGUCAACCGACAGAGGGGAGGAGGCGGUCAUCAGACGACGGCAGUGUGGCAGACAGUCAAAAUGGUGAUAGUCGGAAUCGGGAAGAGGGACAAUGGGAUUCCACUACCGAGGACGAGAUGGACGAUGAUGCGGUGUUAUUGAAGAAACCGACUGGCUCAGUGAAUGUAUAGGAUUGCACGUAUGUAGCGGUGUCUGAAUUCCUCGCAGCUUCCAUGCAGG